AUGAAACGCUUUCACCAUUUUCAGGAGGUCCAGGAAUUCAAUCUGUCAACCAAACAAAACAGGACGCCGUCACGUUUGCCUCCAAAAUCAUCAUCAUCUGAAGAGGAGGAGGAGGAGGAGGAGGAGGAGAAAGACGCAUCCAAGACCCGCUUAAGAAAGCUCGGGCCUGCGGCUGGUCGCGCACAUGGAAGCCUAGCAUGCUGCCGAGACGCCGCUGUCGGGUUGCUUGAAGUCCCAGUAUCGAAGCCAGUACCGGCCUGCAGCUGCUGCGACCCGACGACACCAGAGGACAGCCUGGCGUCAGGGCUUCGACAAACGGGACCUAGCGGCGACGAGAGGCGGCCAGACAAUGCCUGGCGGGGGUUUGUGUUGCAGCUUGGCGCCAAAGAUGCUGUGGCCGUCGGCACCACCAUGGCGGGCAAGCUGCGUCCCGCAGGCCCUGCAAGCGGUUGCGGCAAGCGGUUGCGGUUCCAUGGCCUCCUGCACGCCGGCUUCAAGCAGCAAACCAUCUCCUUGUGUGCUAGCCGUAACUGCAGGAGGGCCCAAACGUGGCAAUACCUGGAAUGGCAGCGGUUCCGUACCGAGUAUUCCUCCAAGGCCGCCAUGUCCAGUGGCUGGACAGCCACCUACAUUAUCACGGACGCGUCUGCCGGUUGGGCUGUUCUGGUUGUCCCGGAUCCACCUGCGUCGGUGUGCGAAUGA